GUCAUAUGACCAAACACGGAAAUAACCGUGCAGACAGAGCGAGUCAACAAUAGCAUCGUGACUUUCUAACACAGUUUAUUUACAAAGUUUAUUUUAUCGCGGGCACCUCGCGUCCGUGCUACAGCACAUCUGAUAAUUGUGCGUGCUUUCUUCGGGUGUUUGUGCUAUGCCAAAUCAGACAUGGUGGUUUGUUUCCUAAUCCACACGGUGUGUCCGGUGAGCGCGCUGUCCGCAGGCGAGACUCGGGUACUGUACGCGCGUGUGUUCGGACCGGAGACCGGAGAUGCUUGUGACUUCACACCGGAGCAGAGACGACUGAUGCAGAAAGAGAGACUUCACGUGGUAGCGAGGCAGGUGAGGAGUGCUGUGGCUCUGAGCAGGGAGGCCUCAGGCGGUUCGAGUGUGGAGGCAGUGCUGGGUGAGGAGGCUGCAGCUCUGGGCGAAGCUGACAGCGGGGUGUUUUCUCUGGGCAAUGCAGAGCUCUUUCCAGAUCGGAGUGUUGUUCUGUGGCUGGGGGUUCAGUCUCUAGCAUUCACUCUGGUCUGUAGACCACACGAGAACCUCCUGCUCGCAGAGGGAACGCUUCGUAACAUUGCACGUCACUGCCUGGAGGAGCUACGUCUGCUUGGACCUGGUGCGGAGGUGUUGCUGAAAAGUGAUCGAGUGGACGCAUUGUUGCACAGACUGCUUCCCCAUGGUCAGCUCCUCUUCCUCAACCACCGUUUCACCCUCGCUCUGGAUAAAGAGAUAGCGAGCUACGUGAGCAAAUGAAACCGUGUGCUUAUUGGUGUAAUCGCGAAUGUUUGCGAGUAAUAUUUAAACUGCCUGAUAAAUCCAAGAUGUUCUGAUUUUGGAGAUUUGGAGGAACUGUUUCUCGUCUGAAGGUGUAAUGCACACUGCCACGGCUCAAAGGAGGGGGUCUAAAAAGUAGAAGAUUGCAUCCACAAAGUGUAUUAUGAACUAUUUUUUUCCUCCGAGGAAACCAAAAGGGACAUGUUCUAAAACUUUAAUUGCAGUUUGACAUCAGAAAAAUUC